AUGGCAGAUGCAUUUAUGGAUAUUCCAGAUUUCCAAUUCCGAGCACUUCAGCGUGUGAAGAUAUUUGAUAAAUCAGAUGGAACAUUGUACGAUAAUAUAUGUCCGUCUUGGAUUGCUGUCUCAUCACGAUAUGGGAUUAUUGUUUGUGCUUCUGGAUGUGAUAAGUUGAUAUCUUUAAGAAGUAGCGAUGUUCAUCAGCUAAGCAACAGUAAAGCUGAUAUCAAUGCAGAUGUACUUGUCAUCCAGACGAAAGUAACCAACAUUCAAGUUGAACAGCCUGUUGCAUUGACUGCGUUAGCUUGUAACUGCUCAGGUCGCGUAUUAUCGGUUUUAAUGCGAACAUUAUCUGGAGCAUUCGUGUUUCUCUAUGAUAUAUGCGCAUUUUCCGUUGAUUGUGUUAAGCAGAGAGAUCCCGUUUACAGUUUGAAGCUCUCUGCUGAUCCAACUGCCCAACCUUGUUCCCUAAAAUGGAACCCACAACAGGAUACUGUAUUUGCUGUUGCUACGUCUGAUGGCGUGUUAUCCUGCUAUUCUUUUGAUAUUGAGAAAUCGUCUUCGAUAAGUGUGAUUGGCACUGUUAAACAUGAUAAUGUCGUAACCUGUAUAGGAUGGAGUCCAAAGGGGAAACAGUUGGUCAUAGGUGACAUUUCGGGUCACGUAAAGCAGUACAAACCUGAAAUGAUAUUGGUGCGCGUGACACCACCUCCUUUGAAAGAUGAAAAUAAUGCUCUGCGUUGUGUUGGAAUCAGUUGGCUUGCAACUACUGAAAUUCUCAUUGCCUAUUCUCCAAGAACAGGGCAGGAAGUAGAUAUAGCGAAGUUAUGUGUGAAAAAGGAUACACCACCUCAAUGGACACAUUUCAAUGACAUUAACUUUUGUGGCGAUAAAAGCACUUUCGAUCAACGAGUUGAAUUUACACAACUGGUGGGUUGGAAAUUGGUGUUGUGCUCCUCAUCAAGAUCCAGUGAGGUAACAGUACUAGGUAAAGUCGGAUCUGAAUGGAAGAUCUGGACUUUAGAUGAUAAUGGGCGAAUUGAAAUGCCUCUUGAUUCUGAACACUGUGAAACCUAUCCAGUUGGUAUUUCUGUCGAUGUUUCAUCAGUCCUCCCUGUCAAGAUUGAUAACCAAUACAGUAUGGAACGUCCUCCUUGUCCUACAGUCUUGGUUUUAUCGUCUCGAGGGAUCCUUCUUGCCUUCAAUGCAUUAUCUUCUCGUGCCGAGCAUCAAAGCAUUAAUAUACAGCCAGAAAAUUUACCAUCAGUGAUUUACGGAAAGAUAUCAAAAAGGGCUGUUGUAAAACAGAAUGAGUAUUCUUGUAUUGGUUCAUCAGAUGCCAUAUGUCAAGCUAUUCCGGUACCUACAGAUUCAUUGGGUUCAGCCAUUUCUUCUGAAAGUACAUGUAUUCCAAAGCAGAAUGAGUUGCAAGAGCAGGCAAAGAUAAACUCGUUACAGUUAGCAAAAGCAGCAGUGCUGUCAAAAUUACAUCAAUCUUUACCAUGUACUAAUGUAGAAGAUUCAACAGUUUCACAGCAGCAGAUAGGGGGACAUUUGCAACACCAGAGAGUUAAUUCAGGGACAGAUUUGAUUAGACAGUUACGGGAAGAUUUUCGGAAAAAACUUCUCAUUUUUGAUGAACAAUUCUUUGAACUUUGUGAAUGGAAUGAUUGGCUUCAAAUUUUGCAGAAAAACUCAGCGAAACAGCUAGAAUUGAACACUGGCAUAAAUUUAGCUGAUGAAAUGUUAGAGUUGGAGAAAAUACGAGCAGUAGUGGCAUCAUGGCUUGAUGCUUUAGAAAACCAGAUGAAAGAGUGUAUGUGUUCAGUUGAAGAACAGUUGGGAAUUGCGAAUAAUGUUGAUCGAGAGCUGUUUGACAAUAAAUGGGUGUUGGACUUCAACAAUAUGCAUCGCUUGGAUAAAUUGGUAGAAACCUUAGUGAAAUUGGAACAGAAAAUUGCGAAUGUUGAAGAUGUAUUAACAGAAAUACCAACAUUAAAUGCAAAAAAUAGAUCAGUUUUAACUCUGAAUAUUGAUCAAGAACAGCAGAUUGCGGCGACUGCAAAAAACAUCUGCAAGAGAAUGGUUUCACGACGGAAAAUUUUGUGUGAAUUGCAACAACAAGUUACAAGUUUGAGCACUCGAUUAAAACCGUUGAGAAAAGACGGCGUGAAUAAAUUUUUCAUGUCAACAAAAUCACUUUCAAAUUCAUCGUUCAAUUCUAAGACAUAUUGCGGGGAAUUAGCAGCAGGAACAGCAGUUGUUACUGUCGAACAACAGAAAGAAUUGUUGAAAUUUUUAGCCCUACGUAGUCAUGUGAAGCAGUCGGAAGCAAAAAUUGUUGUGUUUGAUUCACAUGAAGCACUAGACUGUGUAUCGAAUUCAACUAUAGCAGCUAUUGAAAAUCGCUUGUUUGAAGCAGCAUUAAUGCCAAUAAAAACACCUACGAAGCUCGUUAUGGAUAUUGGGACGCAGUCAUCUGAUUAUUUACUUUCUAAAGAGGCGAAAUCGUCCAUACACAUGGUCACUUCCGCAGAUUAUAUAUCCGAUGGGGCCAAUAAAUCUUUCGCAGUCCAGUCCAACCAAUCCCAAAAACCGACUGAAUCAGUUGUUAAUUUGCCAACAACUUCAUCUCCUUCUUUCGUGAAUUUGAACAGUUCUACAACCAUACCAACAACUUCCAGCUGUUUUUCCGCGGUGGCAGUUACGAAACAGCUCCCUGUCGGAGAUUCAUUUACGAAAGUUCCAGAUACUGUAACGUUGAAUGAAGAGCAGCCGGGUGAUGUAACAUUUUCAUUUAAAAAUUUGGAUGCUCCAUCAACAACAGCGAAUGAUGUUUCUUCUCGAGGAACUGCUUUUUGCACCGUCAUUACGCCGAAUACCUCUGAUUAUAAUUCUACUGUAGCACAGAAAAUUUUUUCAAUGAAAAGCAAAGAAAAUGAAACAACAUCAGUUGAACCUAUUGCAACAUCAGAAUCGUUGAAAAACAUUUCUGCUACCAUAGCUUCAAGUUCAACAAUACCCACUGCAACUGACACAACUUCAACAAAAAACUCUGAAAUAUCAAACACGAACAAUGGAGUGAUAGUAGCAGAUUCGUCUGUCUUAAGGACGACAUCCAACAUGUCAGAUUCCAGAGCGAAUAUAUCGUUUACCUUCAAGUUACCAGCAGCAGAGAAUCAGCAGACAGCAUCUGCUGUAAAUGACUCAGUAAAUGGUGGUAAUACAAGCACGACAGUUGAGUUGCAGCCAAAAGAUUUGGAUGCUAUAGGUGACGAUGGAAUGAUGGAAGCAGAGGGUACUUCAUCUGCUCCAACAGCUGUGUUCUCAUCGUCGCUCUCCUUUGGUUUGGAAAGUGCUGCAUCCAGUGCCAACACGACGCAAAACAUUUUUGGUUCUGGGCUCAAAUUUCUGUCAUCUGCACAGCCUCAGACAGUUUCAGUGUUUCGUAAUGCUUCUUCUGUUAACAAAGGUAGCUCAGUAUUUGAUACUAGUGGUCCAGCAACUUCUUCUGGUGGUGGUGGUCUCUUCAGCCGAAUGCAACAAUCGAAUGUAGCAUCAUCAACUUCGUUUUCUUUCGGUUCAGCAGCUAAUUUGCAUAGUUCAUCCAGUCUUUUUGGGACAAAACCAGCAACUAGUAGUAUCACGUUUGGCGGUGCACCAUCAUUUGGUUCGAAACCAGUAUUCGGAUCUCCAUCACCUCUUGUUUCAUCAUUUGGUCAACAACGUCCUCAACAUGUUACCCCUGCAACUACUGCAUUUUCUAAUUUCGCCAAAACCAGUACCGUUGGAUUUGGUUCACUGGCUGCAAGACAGCAACAGCAAUCGUUGGUUUCUGUAUUUGGUGGGAGUGGAUUUGGUGCUUUGACGCAGCAACCUCAAAAAAGCUCAAUAUUUGGUGGAGGUCUAAAUUCAUCUGUAACUAACAGUUCGUCCUUUUCUAUGUGGCGUUAG